AUUGCAGCAACCGCGAUGAGGAACAGGGGCCGGAGCCGCAGCCGGGGAACAGGGAACAGGGGUCGGGGAACUGGGAUCGGGUGUCAGGGACCGCCUCAGCGCUUCCCGUGCCGGGCCCGCCCCUCCCUCUGUCUCUGCCGCUUUCCGCGGGGCGCGGCUGCCCUCAGGCGCUGUGUCGGGGAGCGCUGCGCUUCUGCCUUUUCUCCUCUCCGUCCUCUGCCUCCUCCUGCUGCGGGCAGCCGGAUGCCUGACCUAGAAGACUCUCUGGAAGAUUUAAAGAAGAUCGGCGAGAAAAUGAGGGAACUCAGUGGAUCGCUGUCCAACAACUGGAUCUCUGAGCCGGAGAUUUUUCAGGAUCCUGAUGAUUUCUUCAAUUCUGGCCCCAGUUUUGGAACCCUUGUUGCCAUUGGAGUUACUGUUUUUGCAGUGAUUGUUGUUACUAUUAUCCUGUGCCUCACCUGUUCCUGUUGCUGUCUGUACAAAGCAUGUCGAAGACCACAGCCUGUGGUGACCACCACUGCCACCACCACGGUGGUGCACUCAGCCUACCCCCAGCAGCCAGCAGUGCCCCCCAGCUACCCGGCAGCUCCGUACCAGGGCUACCAGCCCGUGGCUGUGCAGCCCCAGCCGGGGAUGCCCGCAGCCCCCUACCCUGCACAGUACCCUCCCCCCUACCCCAUGCAGCCGCCAGGACCCCCAGCUUACCAUGAAACCGUGGCAGCUGGUGCUGGAGCCCCUUACCCCACCCAGCCCCCUUACAACCCUGCUUACAUGGAUCCUCAGAAGCCCACCUAUUGAAAAGCUCCUCCACUGUGCUUCUCCAUACAAAACUUUUCAAAAUAUCAUUUGUUCUGUUUACAUCAUGCACCUGUACUAUAUUUCUCUGGAAGACAACAAUCUUUUGUCUAAGUAGAGUGAAAAUCAGUUCAGUAUCUUCUUAUUUUUAAUGCUCCAAGGAAGGAGUAUUUUUCUUGCAGAAGUUCCUUUAUACCUCAAGCAAAUACAAAAAGAGAUCUUGCUCUAGAUACAAGGAGAGAAAUGUGAAGAUGGAGCAUUUCAGAAAUACAGAACCACAAUACUAUUUGCUGUGCAAUAAUUUUGAGAGGAAUGAUCUAAUAUGAGCAUUGUCAAAUACCCAAAGCUGUAGCAAUCUUUUGCACAGUAUUAAAAUGUAAAAACUUAACCUCUAAGAAACUACCUGAUACAUGUUACGUAAGUUCUGCCUGUUUUGAAGCUACUAUUGUUAGGUAAGCUACCACUUGAUAUGUUUGAUUUACCAUUCAAAAGGGAAUUUUCCUUUUUUGCAACACAUUUACCUUUGGUAAGGGGUAGUAAACCAUGUUUAAUUGCAUUUGAGCUAGUUCUAAAUAGCACAAGUUGGUUAUUUCCUUGUUUUCUGUCCCAAUUUUAAGGUUUAUAAACUGUGCCUCAUUUGGGUGUUAUAGCUAAACAUUAACAGAGUCUCUGCCACUUAAUGGACCAAAUAGAUCAAAAGCUGAAACCCUGAAAAUUCUUCUUAAAAAUGAUUGGAUGAGUAUUUCUUGUUCAGGUAGUAUUGGACAAGCUUACUUCAGCCAUCUGUUACUGAUGAGUUUGGAAUUAAAAUCAGCCCCUUAAUCACAUGUUAAGCAGAGAUAUUCAGUCCUGCCUCAUCACAGAUAAGGAAUUUAUUUUACAGGAGAGAUUGGAUGAUGGCAGAAGGUUGGGGUUUUCAAAUGCUCAGGGUUUUUCCACUUUCUCUAGUGGGAACUGUAGGUGGCAGGAACCUAAGAAUUACCAACUUUUAUAAAUCCAGUCUGCACUGGAGUAACAAUGUGCUGGGUGAGGGGCCACAGUGGGCAUUAAACCUCCCUUUUGUCUUCAACAUUGCCAUAAAGCUGAGCAGAGAAUGAGGAGUCAGGGAAAGGAGGGAUUUGGUCACAGCCAGGUGAUGUAUUUUUAGGAAGGUAAUACUUUCAGUCGUGAAACAUCUUGAGACAUCUUCAUGACUGUUAACACUACUGGGGCUUUAGGCUUUGUGAAUCUUUCAUUACUCAUAUAUGGUGGGGGGUUUUUUCACUGUCUUCAACAAUUCUCUUUUCCAACAUGAAAUGCAAUUUGUCGUUAAUCCUCCUAGAACUAUGUUGUUAUUUGCAUGUAUCACUGUGACAUAAUUAGCGAAAUAAUUUUAAUACAUCUUUUACACUGAUUUUACUUUUUUAGAGAGGCCUUUGAGCCAUUUGUCCUGUGAUUCUACAUUUGGGGUAUAUUAUUGUUUGGUGGUAUUGUUUUACCUCACGGAGUGGAUGGAAAUUGCUGCUGUCAAAGGCAGCCUUGUUCCUCUCCCUGAUUUUUUGAGUUUAUUUCUGGAUUAUUCCAAUUCUUUUUUUAAGAAAGUUUUCAGGGCAUUUCAGAAGAAACUCAUUGAAAGCUUUUACAUUGGGGUUCAUGACAACCUGUGCCCCUCUGUUAACACCUCUCAGUUGAAGUUAAUAGCAUGAAGUGGUGCCAAGAGGCAUUUAGAGAGCAGGUAUCCAUGCAUCCUGUGUCUGCACGUGCCUCCUCUUUCCUGCCCUGUCAGCUGAGAAAUUGGGCAAAACUUUAGUACACUGUCAGGUGUUACAUGGGAACAACCAAAAGAGGAUGGUGUCUCCUGUAUGGAGGAGGAAAUGUUGCCUUAGAAAUCUGGAAUGUUUCUGUGGGAGGGCACUGAGUAACUGGAGAAAUAAAUCCCUUGCUACAGAUCCCACCCCUGGUGUUUAUUCAUGGAGAAGGAGGGCAGAGAUUGUUCCAGCACCUUUGUUAGCCUGGCUGGAGCCAGCCAGGGAGAGCACAGGCACAGCACCCAGUGUGGGCCUUCCUGAGGUUUGUACUGUGCCCUGCUCUUCCUGUCCCCCCAGGUGUGACACAGGGAGCAGCUUGUGGCAGUCACAGUGUCAUGUUUGGGGUGUGAGAGAAAAUCUGCAGUGUCACAGCAGGAUGGCUCAGUCAUCAUCCCCGAGGAGAUGGGAGGGAAGUAAAAAAGUGGCAGCAAAAACAGACAUUCCCAAAUAGGAGGUUUUGGGGUGGAAAUUGUACAGACCAAAGAGAUGGUCCUGAAUUGCCACUGCUCUGUGUGUGGUGGUGGGAGAUGAGGGGUGGGUGGGGUUCAGGAGCAUGAAAAUGUCACAAAGGAAAGCUUCAGUGGACAUGUGCAAAUAGUAACUAUAUACAAGUGAAGACAUCAAUCAUUAAUGUACAAUGAUCUGCCCUAGCAGUACUAUUACUAAUUCAGUUACAAAACUUACUGAAAAAAGAUAAACUGCCCCAGUUCACAAUUAAUCGGAUUGUGAUUAAUUUCUUAUUGUUAGUGCUUAAUCAUCAUUAACAAUGAGGUGUAGGACCAAAUUUUGUUUGGUUCUUGCCCUGCAGCCUUGUUGAAGCUUGUUUUCAAAUACUGAAGAGAAUGGGAUGGUUACAGAAAAGAUGGAGAUGAUCCCUAAGUUUUCAGUUUAAGCACUGCUGAUGUGUCAGUCCCAGCAGCUAUUGCCUUCACAUCACACUUGUUCUCCACAGUGCUGUCAGGAGGGGAGAGGGAGCUUAAGACUUUAAAUGUUGGUAUAUCUUAUUUUUUUUUAAAUUCUGUAAGUGCCUUUGUUUCAGAAAUGUUUUGUGAAAUUAAAUACAGUAGAAUAUUGAAUUUACUAGAUAAUCAUUGUUGCUUUUGUUACAUACUGUAACCUUGCUUUGUAUGUUGUUUGUAGGCUAAACAUAAGUAUUCAAACCAAAUGGCAUAAAUUCUAUGCACCUUUGUAAUAAAUGCAGUGUUUGAAGUACA